GUGUAAUGUUGAAUAAGGAAAUGUGCUUGUUUUUUCUCUUAUCAGGGAGCUUGAAAAGAAGAGGCUGUCAAGAUGCCUGAAACUGGCGGCGCAUCGGGUGCUCCCAAGAGAGACCUGACACUCGAUGACCUCAUCGCGGCCAUUGACGGGCAUGAAAGGAACCCGAGCAAUAUCCCUAAGGUCGACACGUUUCAUUUUUGUGGAGAGAGAGUCUCAGAAUGGCUGGAGCGGGUGGAACAAGCUUUGGUCGGGCGGUCGGACGUUGUGAAGUUUCAACGCAUCCUUCAGUAUGUCUUAUAUAGCUACCAUCAAGAGGUGAAGAAAGUUAUAGAUGCAGCCCAAGGUAGCUGGGAAAGGUUCAAAGAGGGAGUGCAGAGGAAGUACCGUCUGGGAGAUGGACUAUUGACCACUGCGGACCUUGAAGCAAUGAACAAGGAGGAUUUUACGACAAUAGGGGCUUUUGUUCAGGAGUUCAAGAAGAGGGCGCGAAAGGUCCAUGGGAUUUCAGAGGAGGCACAUUGCGCCAUCUUCCUGGGGCUACUCACAGCAUCGGAGGCCGUUGAGCUGACGAGACAUGGAGGGGGUAGCACCAAACUCACCUGGGCCACCAUUGACAGAGGGGUGGAAGUUGGAUGUUUGGACCAGGUGGAGCAACGUCAGGUACGCCUGCAAAGGCAGAAGAGAAAGGAAAGAGAUGCGACCGCUUCUGGGACCCCGGGGGUAACAAGGAUUGUUAAAGACGUAUUGGCACAGUUGGGGUAUGCGACAGAGCCAGUGGUGCAAAGGAGGGUAGUAACGGCUGUCCAAGUGAAGGGAAAGGAGCCGGUGAUAGAGGAGGCUGUUCAGGAGGAGCUCUGGGAAGAGGAAGAGUCGGUGUUGCAGCGCCUGACGAAGGCCCAACGCAAACACGAACAAGAAGUCAAGGCCAGUGCCAACCAAGAACCUCCGAGAAGGGAGCCCGAAUCGGGGAAAAGGAAAGAGGCAGUGGAAGUAGAGGACGAUGAUGACGAGGAGGAAGAAGACGAGAGGCUGCGUCGGGAAGAGAAUCAGAAAGCGGAGCAGCGGGCGAGGAAAAAGGGGACCGCACCGCCCAAAAAGAAGAAAUACGCGGUUCGGUUGGAAGAGGGAUUUGAUGUAGAGAAAGUGAUUGACCGGCUGCUGAAAGGCCAUAAUGACCUCAUGACCCUGAAGGAAAUCCUAGCGUCAGCCUCGCGACUCCGCGAUGAAUUGAAAGGGAGGUUGUCGAGGCGCUUGGUGCCCAACGUCCAUCUGGGUAAGAUCCUGCCCAAGGAGGCAGAGUGGGCGGAGUCGGAGAGAAACUACUCUCAGUUCAAAAUGGAGACCCUUAUUGUCCUCCACUGUCUACGGAUCUUCCGGAACUACAUCUUCGGCAGGAGGUUUAUUUUGAGAGUGGACCCGACCGCCCUGGCCUACUCUCUGAGGAAUUACGUUUCAUUGGAUCCGACGGUUGCCAGAUGGCUGACGUACAUCUGGAUGUUUAACUUCGAGUUGGAGCGUAUUCCUGGUAGCAAGAACCGGGCGGACGGGCUGAGUCGUAUCAACUGGGAUAACCAAGAAGGGGAGGCAGUGGAGAAUACGCCCCCAGUUGAUGGAAUCCUGGAUCAGAAGUUAGAUGUCCGUCUCCAUAUCAACAAGUGGUCGCCACGAGUGCCUAGCUGUGUGGACUAUCCUAUUUGGCAAGCGCUAAGUGGAUACGAAAGGAGGGCAGAGCUAGUCCUCAAACCCUUUGAAGAAGAAGAUCCUUGGGGAGGUAAGGAUGUUCAGUGGAUGAUGGAGUUGGCGCUGGCCAAUUCGCAUAGUCUGAUGGAAGACAUAAGAACGAUCGAGGAAGGACCAGGCCAGGUAGAAGGGCAUGAGGAUCUGAUGGGAGGAAUGUAUCUCCUCGUCAACACGCUAUUGCAGGAAAGCCUCGACCACUCAGGCUCGUUGAACCCGGCAGGGAAUGUGGACGAAGUGCCCGAGAGCCAAGACGACGAGUUCGAGAAGGGGGAGAUUAAGGAGGCCUUUCGCGCAGAAGAAUAUCAUGGGAUCUACCUGGAGCUGGGCCUUCUCUUGUCUUGCGAGAUGCGGCUAAGGGAUGCAAGCGAUAGGACUCAGAGGAUGCUGCAGCGCUACUUAGUGCGAGAUGGUCACCUUUUCGUAAGAAGAGAAGUGGGGAAUCCCAGGAGAGUCGUCUGCGGUAGGAACCGCCAGAUUGACGUCGUAGCAGCACUUCAUGAUGGCAUUGCAGGAGGGCAUCGAGGGGUACAAGCCACAUAUGCUAAGAUAAGUGAGUUGUACUACUGGGAUGGGAUGAUGGACAUGGUCGGGAAAUUUUGUCGAUCCUGCGUACCCUGCCAGGAGAGAUCCCGUUUGAGGCAAGGAGAGCCGCUACAUCCAAGGCUAGAGCGAGAGGUGGGGGCUGUAGUGCAUCUUGAUCUACUUUUCAUGCCGCUUGGGGAUCAGGGCUAUACCUAUAUCUUCGAUGCGCGCGAUAACCUGUCUGGGUUCGUGGACGGGCGUGCUAUUCGCACAAAGACCGGGUUAGUCCUGGUGAGCUGCAUCGAGGAGUACUAUCUGCGCUAUCCUUUCGUCAGGAAAUUCGUAAUGGACAGGGGAUCGGAGUUUACCUACCAAGAGGUGCAAGAAUUAUUAUCAAGGUAUGACUUUACGAAGACAGCCAUGCCAAGAGGAGGGAGGGGGACACGGCCGCCUCGGAGGUCGUUGGGAGCAUCAGGAGGAUAUGAGCGGCAUGGGCCUCACCAUCGAGAGAGUACUCCGGUGUACGAUGAUGGGGACAUCGAGCUAUUCCUGGACAACUUUUGGGAUCAUGCGAGGCGUAUGGGCUGGACCGUGGCCCACGUGAUUGAGAGACUGAGGGGAGCAGGCAGGUUCGAGGAGCUCGUCGCGCGGAUCAGUAGGGAGGCGACGACGAGAUCAGAGGUGGAGUGGAGGAUGCAGGAGCUGCGACCCUCGCCUGUGGGACCUAAUGGCAGGCCGAUCCGCCUGGAGAUUGGAAAUGCGUCGGACUUCAUCCCCGCGUUUGAGUGGUUCAUGCAGGGGCGGGGUAUACCGAAAGAUGAUUGGAUGCAGACGCUACCACUCUGGACCAGGAAGGCGGAAAGGCCACUGGCUAGCCAAAGGGACCCUGAGCCAAGGGAGGCGAGACCGUCUCGAGGAGGACGAAAGGCCCUAGCUAGGAGAGAGGAGGAGCCAGAGCCAGAGGCUGAGGAGCGAGGCGCGUACCCUGAGUAUGGGUUGGGACCAGUGGAGUUCCAUCAGUUUGCCGAAGGUGAAUUAAGGAGGUCGCCAGCACGCACACAGGAGGGGCCGCCGGCGUCUGAGGAACCUUUGAGGGAGUUGGAGGCGCACUUGGAUAUCUCUCAGUGGAGAGCGUCGCCUCGGGGUGAGGAGCGUGGAGAGCAGGCAGAGGAGGUACCUCGAGAGGGGGUGCCACGAGAGGAGGUGCCGCAGGAGGAGGUCCAAGACACUCAGCGAAAGAGAGGGCUGGGCGAUGAGGAGAGACGUGCAGGGAAGGAAGUGAUAGAGGUUGGAGAGGACACGCCCCCUCAGACGCCAGCGGUGGGUUUGAGACUCGGGGAUGCACCAGGGAGCACUCGCCAGGCAGGGGAGAGGUUGCAGAGAGAGGAGGCCCCAUUACCUUCAUCAGAAAAGGCUCCUUCGCCAGAGGAGAGAGCAGAAAGGAGGAAAGAGAGGGCAGCGGUAAGGAGAGAAGCCUUGACCCUGAUUGACAGACACCUAGCAGCUCAUGCCCUGGAGCACCCAGACCUGGAAGAGCCAACACCUGCAGAGCCGCGCCACGAGCCGUGCCAGCCCGAGAAGGAGAUGGAGGCAAAGAUCCCGAAGAGGGUUGACCUCCGCACGAGGGAAAGGGUGCUAGCUGGAGAGACAGCAGAGGAAAAAAGGGCGAGAAGAACCAGGAGGAUAAAGGAGUCUCUUGAGAGGGAGAUGAGGACUGAGGCUGAGGGUGUCAUCGAGGGCGGGCUCCAGAGGUUGGGCACGCCCGAGUAUGGGCCAGAGGGGAUUGAGGACCGAUGGGGACCAAGUACCCAGGAGAUGGAGGCACGAGAGGAGCCCUUGGAUAUGCCUCAGAGCCAUGAGCUGAGCAGGGAGGCCAGCGAAGCGCCAUCAUCGCCAGGGUCUCAGAGAGGGAAGAAGAGGUCCAGAAAGUGGUUCGAUACGUCCUGCUUCUUCUGUACAAAGGAGGGGCAUCAAGCCUUGCAAUGUCCUAAGUUCCUGAAGGACAAGGCUGAAGGGAAGGUUACAGAGGAAGGAGGCAUGAUGUAUGAUAGACAGGGCUGGAGAGUAGAGAGAUCUGCAGAUGGGGGUAGGGCUCAACUAUAUAGGCAAAUCCAGGAGGAGACAGGACUGAGUUUUCCUAUAUGGUUGACAUGUUGCGUAUAAGACUAGAGUUAGGAUUGGAUGACGUUCUGUAGACCUAGGUGUUG